AUGCUCGCCUUGGCUUCAAACGAUAACACGGUCAAAAUAUGGGAUGUAAGCAAUGGCCAGUGCGUGCGAACGCUUGAGGGUUACAGCUACUCACGCUAUAGCGACUCAUGGACUGUCACCUUCUCCCACGAUUUGAAGAUGCUCGCCUCGGAAUUAAACGAUAAAACGGUCAAAAUAUGGAAUAUAAGCAAUGGACAAUGCCUCCAGACACUUAUGGGCCACAGCCGCCCAGUCACUUCGAUCGUCUUCUCGCGCGAUUCUACGCUACUCGCCUUGGUUUUAUCCAAUAGCUCCGUUAAGGUCUGGGAUAAAAGAAAUGGGAACUGUCUACAGACUUUCGAGGCUUACAGUAGCCCGGCGAUCUCGGUCAUCUCGGUCAUCUUCUCCCAUGAUUCUAGGCUCCUCGCAGCCGGCCUAGGUGAUAAUUUGGCUAAUAAGACCUUUAAAGUCUGGGAUAUAAAUCACAGCCAGUGUCCACAGACACUCAAGGGCCAUAGCCGCUCCGUGACUUCGGUCGUUUUCUCCCAUGAUUCAAAGGUGCUCGCCUCAGCAUCAGACGAUAAAACCAUAAAGACCUGGGAUACAAGUAACGGAAAAUGCCUACAGACGCUUAAGAGUCAUCGCAGCUCAAUCACUUCGGUCAUCUUCUCUCACGAUUCCAAGCUCCUUGCCUCGGCUUCAAACGAUAAGACCGUAAAGGUCUGGGAUACAAGUAAUGCCCAGUGUCUGCAGACUUUAAGCUUUGAAAUAGUUGUCUCUGUAAAGUCGCUAGACGCUACCAAAUCAGUGCUUGAAAUUGACCUCGGCACCAUUCACUUAUCAUUAGAUUCAAGUCAAGGACCAACAAAACCCGAGCCUAAGAUACUGCGAUUUCAAGGAUAUGGUGUUAGUCCCGAUUGUACAUGGAUCACUUGGAACUCGCAGAAUAUGCUAUGGUUACCGCCGGUGUACCGGCCCUCUGCUGUUGCCGUGGGGCCGUCGACUAUCUCUAUUGGUUGUGACUCGGGACGGGUGCUCAUUUUCAACUUUGAUUCCCAGCGGCUUCUGCAUUCUCUUAUCAGAGCUUGA